GUGCUGGUGCACAUUAGCACGGCAUAUUCAAAAGUGGACGAAGUAGUCAUUGAUGAAACUGUGCAUCCAGUGGAAGCAGAUUGGAGAAAAACAAUUCAAAUUGUUGAAGCUUUGGACGAUGACAUUUUGGAAGUAUUAAAGCCAAAAUACAUAGGCAUGAUGCCAAAUCAAUAUAUAUUUUCCAAAAGACUCGCGGAACAGGUAAUAGUCGAUUACUCCCGAUCGUUGCCGUGCGUAAUCUGCAGACCGUCUGUAGUCACAGCAUCAUUGAACGAACCCAUAAAAGGAUGGAUGGACAAUUUCAACGGGCCAGUCGCAUUAUUCAUCGGCGGAGGAAAAGGAGUGGUGAGAGUUGUGUAUAUAGAUCCAAUCACGCGUAGUGAUUAUAUACCGGUCGAUAUCGUCACCAAGAUUAUGAUCGUUGCGGCAUGGAAACAUGGGUCAAAAAUGAAGGAAACACGGAACGAUCUUCCAUUUGUGUACAACUGCGUUGCUUCUCACUCUUCGACUGUGACACAAGAGACGAUCUUCCAAUUAAGUUUUGAUGCUCUGAAAAAAUUUCCUUUUAAAACUAUGAUCUGGGCACCUAGUUUAACCUGUACAAAGAGCUUCUUCUUCUAUUAUUUGUUAAUGUUUCAAGUCCAUAUAAUGCCAGCUUUAAUCAUUGACGGAUUGCUACGACUGUCAGGUAGAAAACCGAGAUUACUGAAAAUGCAACGAAAAAUUUUCGUAGCUAAUCAAAUUGUGUCAUAUUUUCUUCUGAACGAGUGGAAUAUGCAAAAUGAAAAAUUGAAAAGUUUGUCAGAUGAUAUGCUUCAUGACGAUCGACGAGAGUUCGGAUAUGCAAAGGACUUAAAUGAUUUGAGAUUCCAUAUGUACUCUGAUACCUACAUCGAAAAUUCUAUAAUUGGAGCUAAGACCUAUCUUCUAAACGAAAGUAUUGAUCGACUGGACGCAGUAAAAUCACAUUAUAACAGAAUGAUUUGGAUAGACAGAAUCGUGAAAACGCUAACCUGUAUCUUCUUAAUAAUAUGGAUAAUUUACGGAACAUUAUGUAACGAUGUAAACUGACUUUCAACGAUGAUAACAAGCUAUGAUAUUCAACA